AUUGGUUGACAAAAAAAAGAUACCGUAUAUGAAUGACAGUCGUUAUCUGUGACGAGCGCGCAGCCGUGCACCGCGACCUGGCGUGUACGUGCGUUACACGGAAGGGGGUGGGGAUUGUUACCGCGAUGACGUCUCUAUCAGCUGUGCCGUGUGUGUGAGUGAGAGAGAGAGAGAGAGAGAGAGAGAGAGGAGAGAGGAAAGGGAGAGACAGAGACAGGGAUCGUGAGAAGCUGAAAGGAUUGAAUAGAAGCAAGCGCUGGGGCGAGAACAGAUGGCAAUAUCUGGAUCAUUGCAUUCAAAACGAAAAAGCAAGGCACAGGUCUAAAACAUCUUAAUCGUGGUUGUUUUAAUUCCAUGUGUGUUACUCCACCCCAGAGUAGAGGAAACUGACAACGCUUCACAUAAUACCGGGUCUGUAAACCCUAAUGGCAAUCUUUUAAAAAAAAAACAAAAAAAAGCGAGGGAAGACAAUAUCGUUGUUUGUUUUACUGCACAGCAGCUGCAGAGAAGCUGAACAUACUCACUGUAUAGAUUUUAUGACCCGCUACAGCUGGAUGUAGCUACAUCAUCACGGCCGGUAUCAUUUGGAACAGGGUGGCAACAUCUUGAAAUGCAUUUCGAACUAACGCGUUAUUUCAAAAACUAGUGGUACGAGGAAAAACUUAGCAUCCUUUUUUCAUCUGCGUGUCAGACAGUAGGCUGCUGGAAGGGAGACUAUGGAAUAAUGUCUACGCUGUUUAACUUGCUGCUGCCGAUGGUGAUGAUUUCUUAAAACACACACUCAUAGUGGAAAUGUGUGGGGUUGUGUGUUGGAUCUAGUGACUAAAGUUCUCAACAACAAGCAACGGCAACUACCGUGGUCAUACAGCCGCCUGUCACACUCAGAAACGCAAGACCUGGGUUUCUUCACGACUCAAAAGAAAGCAUCUGCCUACUUAUUGGGUUGUAUUUCACUUCUGUAAAGUACAGAGAUUUCUAGAGCAUCCUUCUCCUUUUCGAUGACGGCUACAAUCCUGAUUCUCUCAUAAUCAGUCCAGGUUCCAUGAAUCGGAAGGGCUAAAAGAAGACAAAUCAAUUUCCUAUUUGUUCAAUCUGCACAGAUCAAUGAACCUCUCAGCUCAUGGACGAGAAAGCACAGAACAAGUCCACGCUGAUCUCCAGGCUGCCCAAGUUUGGAGUUAAAUCUCCGGUAUCCAGCAGCCUAGCCAAUGGAGCCUGCAUCAGCCUGCCCGGCCAGACCCAGGGAGGAAAAAUGGGGGGCAGCAGGAAACAGAACGGGGUCGUCCUCACGCCCUCCUGCUCCCUCAACUGGAGGAAGACCAACUGGGUCCCCAACGGUGUACAGACCCCCGAAGAGGGGGAGGAAACACUAGACAACGCGAAAGGGGGGGAUGGUGGGAGUUUACAGCAGCCUGUCGCGAGACUCAGGCAGCCAGAGGCAAAAAAGGCCACCUCUUCUUCCCCAAGCAAGGGAAAGAGGACCACGAUUUCUGCCGCUAGGACAGACGUAGCCCCGCAGACUUUGCCUCAGACAACGAAGGCUACCAACAGAAAUGCCUUUCCGAGUCGGCCGCUGUCGGGUCAGAACUUUUACAGCAAGUCCAAUCUGAACGGAUUCAGUGGGCCCAAGUUUGGAAUGGGAUUGCAAAGGCCGAGGGCUAAUUCCAGCUCCACCAGGAGCAGCUCUAGGGAGAGUCUGAUGCAGUCCAGCGACAGCCUGAAGUCCUUGUCCCUGGACAAUAUUGUGGGCACCCAGAGCUUCUCCCAUUUCAAGCAGAUUCUGUCCCCCAGAGGCCUCGCCAUGACCCGGUCGUAUUCCUUCAACAAGGCAGUGGAGCUCUCCAAACCCUCCAGCAACCCCCAGCUGCGCACCAAGGCUCUUCCUGCCAAAAAGACAGCUGACAGCAUCAAAGAGACCAACGUCAAGGGCUCCUUGGCCAAGUCCGGGUUUGGUUUCGGUUCCUCAGCUCUGUCUGCUCUGAAGAAACCUCUUUUACCAAACUUUCCGUCGGGGAAGCCGUCAGCACUGAGCUACCGGAUGACCAGGCCUUCCCUGGUCAAGCACCCCAGGCCUGACGUUCCAGGGAAGGUGGUGGACGGUUGUCUGAAUUCACCCAUGGACAAGACUGCAGGGGGAAGCCAAGUGGAGGCCAGUGAAAAAGGAGCAGACCGCAGCUGUGGUCAGGGAGAUCUUGCAGAGCCAGCAGCCUGCACUGAAGAGGAGCAGGUACCCUUGAAGGAGCAGGAGGCCAAUUUCCGCUACCUGAGGGAACCCUUGGAUGAGAUGUCCCUCUCGUCCACCUCUUCCCUGGAGAGGAAUGACAACAGUGAGGAGUACCUCGAUGACUUUGAUAAUCUCGGCAAUGGGGGGGCUGUUACUCUCACAGAAUGUUUGGGGGAUUUUCCGCUAUUGUCCACGGACGAUGUCCCAGACACAGGACAGGCUGACUCUGGGACAGAGGGGGACCUGGGCCUCCUGUCCCAAAGCAUGGAAUGGGUGGACAAAGGACUGCAAGCUGGUCUGGCUGAUGAGAUGGAGAGCUCUCUGACGGCCUUGCAGGCUCCCCUCCCCUUCUCUCCGGAGAGGGACUUCCCCACAGGCUCCUCCCUGGAGCUCUCCCCCUCGGACAGCUCUGACGGGACCUACAUGUGGGACGAGGAGGGGCUGGAGCCGCUGGGGAGCGCACCCCACCUCUGCGGGAGCUAUGACGACUCGGUGGAGAUCAAUAGCCUGGAUAUUCUGAAUAACCUGGAUAACCUGGAGUCAUGUGACCUGGACGAUGAUGACCUCAUGCUGGACGUGGAUCUCCCAGAAGACGGCUCUCUUAACAAUGUUGACGCUGAGAACAUGUCCCAUUUGGAGCGGGGGCGCCGGCAUGGCCAGGGCUACUGGAGGAGACGCCCGCAGCAGCGCUGGACCGGGCAGGAGCACUUCCAGCAUGACAACAGGGGACCUGUGUUCCUGGGCUCCCCAGCGGGACAGUAUGACGGGUACAGUGCCCCUAGUUUCGGGCCCCCCCAGGAGAAUAUCGUGGCUCUCGACGAACUGACCCUGUGUCACAUGACCCAGGACUGCACCUCCGUCAAGAACCAGCUGCUGAAACUCCAGCAGCUAUUGCAGGCAGGGGACGACAGCGGCAGCAGCACAGCUCUGCAGGACAUGCUGCUGGCAGGACCUCGGAGCCCUGAGCCCCAGGAGGACUCCAGCACAGCUCUGCAGGACAUGCUGCUGGCAGGACCUCGGAGCCCUGAGCCCCAGGAGGACUCCAGCACAGCUCUGCAGGACAUGCUGCUGGCAGGACCUCGGAGCCCUGAGCCCCAGGAGGACUCCAGCACAGCUCUGCAGGACAUGCUGCUGGCAGGACCUCGGAGCCCUGAGCCCCAGGAGGACUCCAGCACAGCUCUGCAGGACAUGCUGCUGGCAGGACCUCGGAGCCCUGAGCCCCAGGAGGACUCCAGCACAGCUCUGCAGGACAUGCUGCUGGCAGGACCUCGGAGCCCUGAGCCCCAGGAGGACUCCAGCACAGCUCUGCAGGACAUGCUGCUGGCAGGACCUCGGAGCCCUGAGCCCCAGGAGGACUCCAGCACAGCUGUGCAGAUCGAGGAGCUUUUGAAUGAAAUCUGCCAACUGAAAGAGGAGCUGAAGAGCAAGGAUGACACAAUUAAACAACUUCAGCAGCAAAUGAGCACUAGGUGUCACUGUCACAAAAGGACCCCAGAGUCUAAAGAGAUGCGUCAAAGACACAAUGACAAGGCCACCCAAACCGCUUGGAGAGGGAAUCCUCCUCAAAUACUACAUCCUUCCAGCCCCAGACGCACAGACACCCCCAGCAAGGGAAGACUAGCAAGAUCAACCCCCACCGAGGACCCCAGUAGCUGUCCAGGGAGCACCUUGCACAACGCCAACGACAGCCACCUACAGCAGCCGCAGCAAACCGUUCUCCCCGGCCCGGUCUCGGGUCCUCCCACCGCUGCUCAUUCUGCUCCUGCAUUGGGGGACCCUGCUGCUGAGCAGCCCCCAGACCCAGACAAGCUCAGCUUCCUACUGAGUGCGCCUCUCAAAAUCGAUGAGGCUAAUCGCAGACCGGCCGAGCCCCAUGCCAGGCGCAACUCUUUCGGGAGGUCUCUCCAGAUCCAGCCCCUCCCCGACGUAUCCCCGCUUGCUUCCAACGGUCAGGUCAAGACGCCCCCGAGACUCUCUCAGAAGUUGUCUAAGAGGCACUCACCCUGCCUCCUGCAGCCGCCCAGGUUUCACAACAGGGUCCUCAAAGCCUCAGAGGUAUCAGAGGUCCCCACGGCAACCAAGGGCAAAUCACCCGAGUCUAGCCCGAACCACAAAAAGACGCCAGAGAGCAGGCCGAACUCCAAGCUGCAGCCUCCUAACACCGCCCUGCUCUUCAAGACUAAGCAGCCACCCCAGUUGCUGGAGACCCAGCCUGACGGUUACUCCGAGUCCAAGGAUUCAGUGUCCACGCAGCCCCUUACCUCUCUGGGCCUCCCCCGGUCCCUGGUUCAAAGAGAUAGCUCUGCUCAGCUCUCCCGGCUCCCCAAACCAAAGGUCCACUGAGCCUGCAGUGGAGUGAAAGAGAAAACAAACAAAACAAACCAGGCUUUUUGUUUGAACUCAACUUAUUUGCACUCUUGGUGUGAACCUACAGGAUAGUUGGCACAUUGUUACCACUUUAAAUGCGGACAACCCCAGUGACUGAUUUAUCAAAACAAUAAUAAACACAGUAAGUAACUAAUUACGUCAGCUGCUUGCCUCAGUAGCUACAGUCUCCCACCCAACAGAGUGUUUUGAAAUGAUAAUGUCGUGUACCCAGUGCCUCGCUGUGCCAGUGUCCAUUUCACCCCAUGCAGUAUGCUUUAUACCCAUUAACCAGAAACGGGUAACACCGUGCAGUGUAUUUCUAAAGGCUUUAGCACUAAAUACACGUUGCUGGUGUAUAUGCAAGUUCAACUCAUCUGCUCUCCCCUGCUAUGUAGACAUUAAGGUUGUGAUAGUGGGGGAUCUGCUUAUGCAUUCCGGACUUGUGUGAAUGUAUGUUUGUUUGUUUGUUUGUUGUUUUUUUUGCAGGAUCAUACUGGUCCUUGGUGCAUUAUGAAUUCUUUAAAUUGACGUGUUGUUUCUUAGCCCUUAAUCGUCCUAAUCUGGUCUCUAACACAGAUUAAAAAAAGAGGUAAUUGUCAGACUUGAUACUUGCACUGCCUGAUACUGCAGGGUGAUCACAAAAUAGGUUUAUAUAUAAAUAUGUAUUUAUUGAACAUGUUUACCAGGAGAAACUCUAUGAGAUUAAGGAGUUUUCUGAAUACACAUUUUAUCAAUCAUACAGUACAUCCUAAAUAUAUGCACCUAAUAUUGUGCACAGGAAUCUACAUGUGCAUAUACACACAGUGCAGCGAUUCUCAGAAGGUUUUUACUCCAAAUCAUUUUCUGACAUUAAUUAGAAAAAAUAAAAACCUGAAUCAUAUUUAAAAACACAGUAUCAAUGUAAGACUUGCAAGCUGCAAAUUCAAAUAUUAAAUAUAGCUGUUUGUGUUUAUUGUAGGUGUGUGCUAAUACAGACAAUACAUGAGAACAAAUACAGUGGUUGAGUGAUAGAAACAUGCCGAAUGAAGAGAUAUUAUCCUGUUCAGUGUUUAAAGGUAUGGAUUAAAGAACAGUGUCAGGGUAAUACAUACACUGCAUCCAACGUCAUUGCUCAAUGUUAAAGUAUUCUGUUACUAGGGGCAGGUGUACCAAUGUAUUGUUAACUCGAGGAAGAUUACAAGUUUUGAGCUGGGUAUAGAAUUGGAACUGUUGGGCAUACUGUUAUUGAUCCGCUCUCCUGCUUAAUUAAUUAAUUAAUUAAUUAAUUAAUUAAUUAAUUAAUUAAUUAAUUAUUUUUUGCCCCGGGCAACUGAACUGAGUUUCUGUAUUUCUUGAAAGCUCGAGAACAUUUCAGUGCCUCCCCUGCUUUCUAAUCUCUGCCACUGGGUUCAGUGGGGUUCUUUUUUAUAGAGGGAUUAAAUAAAAACAUUUAAAAAGUCCAGUGCCGUGGCUUUAGUAGCCCAGUACUUUCCCUUUCCUGUAGUGCUGUGCCAUCAAACUACCAGGAGGACUCCCCUGGAAAACACAGCUGUGUUUGCAAAAAUGGCAAAACCUUCAAUGUGGCCUUUCAUUUAAUAAACACAUCUACACAUCUCACCCAGUUUGAAGGUUUGAUUGAAUGGCGCCAUAAAACAGGAACAGGAAUGUAGUGCCGGGUGCUGUAUUUUUGAUUGAAUCCCUCAGGACAGGGGGUAAGGGUUCAUCUGUAUGCUCGAUAAGUCCAGUCACAUGUGAGCAAAUUGUCUUGCAGAUGGAAACAAUGCAAUCCUAAAUCCAGAUUGUGAAAACUAGCAGUUAGGGUACCUACUGAAAACAAAAUGGCAAUGGACCACUAGCCUUAGUCAAAGCCAUAUCUUAGUCUUUAAGUUAGCAAAACCCAACUAAAAUAAUUCUGAUCGUGUUUGUGUGUGCACAAAACUGUGUAUAGCUAUUUGUCUGUACAUUUAAGAAAACCUGUUUGUGUAAUUAAUUACACUAGCAUCAAUAACCAAGUUAAAAUAUUUCACAAAGAACUCACCAACCACUUUGCACUGUAUCUAGUGUCUAGCUACUGUACUGUUGUUUUUGCCUGACAUCCUUCAGCUUGUAUUUCUAGCACAAUUCUUUUCAGAAGAAUCUGAUUUCUAUGCUGCCAGCAUGUUUUUUUGGCAGGUUUACCAAUCAGUUAUGGGGUCCUAAUCGCCACUAAGUCAUGCAUCAAAAAUGGGGGUCCUGCCCGAUCUUGAUCAUAAUCCGGCUUUUCCCCAGUCUAAUCCUUUUGUGUGCAGUUAGGUUGUAUUUAUUAUUACAAAUCUCUGGCUAGGCUGUGAGAACACUAUCAGCAGCAGAGCAGUUUCACCUGUUUUUAGUGAGUAAAUUGAGAGCUGCUUUUAUGUGUCUUCUGCCCCUCUGUGUACACAGCAUACAGGUUCACUGGGGAAGUAAAUAAAGUGUUAGGACAUUGUUUUACUUUGUCCUUUUAAAAUGAAUCAAAAGUCCACUUCCGAGUUAUCUGCCUGAUUAACCAGACCCCACAUAACAUGUGUCGACCCUCUUUAAAGUCUGCUAAACAGAAUCAAACACAUUGUAGCGACUAUUUUUAUAGCCUUCAUAAAUUCCUUCUGCUCUGCAGCGCCCAAACUGAUAGACGUGUACUUUAUUUAAAAGCCUUCUUUGACUGUUUGACAGCCUAAUAUAUACCGGAACUCGUAAAGUUGUCUGCUGUUAAUAUCGCGUGCCUGUAAUUUAUUUAAACAGACAUGAAUUAGUGGCUGCUUGAUGUCUUGACAUCUGGCGCACACAUUUUUAAUUGGAUUCAAGUGCUGGCCAUUGCUAAUCUCUAUUUAGAAAAGCAAUGGUUGAAGUGUCUCCGUUCUUGCUAACUGCUUAAAUAUGUACAACUGCUGUGAACUCGUAAAAAAGAUUCAGCUCCAAUCCAUGAACAAGACCUGGUAGACAUGCGCUCCGAAAAUGAUCUUGUGGCAGCAGUGUGAGCAAUCAGACCCAUGCUAAAUGCUCUUUUGCUGUGGUCAGACUUAAUACAGGAGCUGUGGAAGCGGUGAUAUGUCUCCCCUUCAAAGCUGAGUUUAACCAUGAAGGAUUAACAGUUUACCUGUUAGUUUGGCACUAAUUCCACUCUGGACUAUAUUUCCACUGUAGUUAGCAUGUACUGUAUGACAUAGAAGUGCCACAGUGGAAAAUGAGUGCAUUUUGGGGAGAAGAAUUACCCAACUAGAAGGUCAGAAGAUGACAUCAUAGAAAUGUUCUGUUUCUCUCCACCAGGUGACACUAUAAUAAUUAAAGAGUAUGAAUAAUUAAAGAGUUGAAUACCGUACUGGUAGUUUUCACACAAAAGUGCAAUAUAAAACCUGACCAGACACACGCACACAGUUACUUGAAUGAGUCCAAACAGUUGUUUGGGAUAUAGACGUAUCCUAGCGAACUAAAUGAAUAUUUAUUUAAUCAGUGAUGGCACAUUCAUUAAACAUGUUAAUAUACUUGAGGGUACUGGUAAACAACUUGCUGUACUGUAAUCCACAGCCUUAUGGCUCUUCUGUUCCCUCCUUGUUACAAGCAGUGUUGCUUUUACUAAAGCACACUUGUUGAGAGAAUGGGCUGUUUGUUAUUUUAAAAGGGCUUUGCUAUGCUAAGUUAUUUAAAAAUGUAUUAUUAUUAUUAUUAUUAUUAUUAUCACAAUAUUUAUUUUUAUUGAAAUUUAAGUUAGCUAAAGUUUUUGUAGCCUACACUCGGCCUCAGCAAGAGGAUUUUUUAAAAUUUUAUUUGUAAAAUUGCCUUUAUUAUUAUUUAAAAAUGAUACAAAAUGUCAACCUUUAAAAAGUAAAAAUCUCUUUAUACAUAUGAUUUAAAAUAAAUAAACGGAGGUCUGUAGUGCUAGUAAUGCAAAGCUAGCUGACUUGCUUAUAAUUUGUACAAGGGAUGGAGAGUGAGAGAGAAUGACCAGUUGAGUUCUUUACUACACUCACACACCUUGCACAAGCAGACUAACCAUUUGCAGGAGUGCGGAAAGUAAAAUCCUGAAUUCUUGCUUGACCGUUAGUCACGGAUUUCCUAAUGUUUUUGCAUCAGAAUUUGUGAUUGAGUGAUUUUGGAUAAAUGCAUGCAGGAAGGUGAUGAUAAAGUGCGUUGACCGAAUUCCACUUUACCAAUUAGAAGGAUGGCAGCUAUCUUAUCUAUACAGGUGUAUUAUGUGCAUGUGAAAUUACUGCGGCUUUGAGUGGGUGCCUAUGUCAAGGGCAUUCAUAGCCUGUAUUAUCAUUAUGGAUCUGUUCUUGCCUACACAUGGCUAUUUUACACACUGUAUGCUCCCUUACUUGCAUUGAAGCCAUGUGAUGAAAAAUACUUGAAUUCUUCCUUCUUGAUUUACUAAUUGAUUAAUGACUAGUUUUAAUGGUCUGUCGCAGUGAAGCUGCAUGCAGUGACCUCAUCGUGUUUAUUUCUUUAGGAAGCUGGUACAGAAGCUUUCAAAGGGCCAUGGGGAGCAGAGAGGCAUGCGUUUUGAUGGAAGAGAUGUACGCUAAUGGACAAAGUGUUUGUCAAAAUGGUCUGUCUCUGGGUUCCCACUAGACUUUUAAAUGCAAAACCGUGCAAUACAUUGCCUACAGCGAGCAUCUCUAGGCAAAUAAGUAGUGACUUAAGCAUGUGAGAGGUUGAAACGGUUAAUGUUCAGUACCACUGCGAUGGAGGUGGAGGAGAGGGGAGGGGGGCAAGUCAGGCUACUGAUGUCAGAAACAAAUGCUGCACAGCAGAUGCCACUGGGGAAAGUCAGACCCUGAGCCGAUGUUGGGACCCCUGAGAAACCACUAAAGCUCUUCCCCCAGGUUAUUUGUUUUCACUACAGUACAUGCGAUGUGGACUGUGUUUGUUAGUGGUGGGGCUCAGCAGCACAGCCUUCAAGGGUUAAAAACCGGUUCGGAAGCCUGUUUUGUUUUUGCAGUAAUCUCAUUGCUUACCCCUUGCUGCCUUAAGCAUUGUGGUUAUUGCUUUAGUUUUGCUUUAAUAUAAAACAGCUGCUGUUUGUAAUAUAUCUAUUUCAAUGUUAUGCACCUUUAUACAACCCUGGCCCUAACAAAUUUCCCAUGGGGGGAAAAAAACAACUUAUCAUUUCUGCAGCAGAGCAUCCACUUCUGUACAUCAGCUGUGUAGGGAGGUUGCAGCUGAUUUUCAGAUCAAAUCUUAAAACUGUGUACAACACUAUAUUACCUGUGCAAAUUACCUUUAGGGCAGAAAAAGAAUGAUGCGCCAGGGAGCUGAUUACACAACACCAGAGCAGCUUUUAGCAUGUCUCUCGGUGGUAACACUUUUGUUUAGGUGUCCAUUGCUAAGAGGUUGUAUACCAUCUAUAAACAUUUUAAAUUGUUUUAUUAACGGUCCGUGAUAAGAGAUAGUAACACUCUACCACAGUGCACUGUUGCUGUCAUUUUUGCUAUAACAUCUUUAUAAGAAUGUUAUAAUAUAAAUGAUAACAUUCAUGCAUUCUAACAGAAACCUAAAACUGAGUGUUAUCAUGUAGUCUGGAGUUUGUUCUUAUCCAGGUUUACUGCAGUGCAUGAUGCAAUGUGGAGGUUAUAGUUCACCAUGCACACACCCAGGCUUGCUACUGCUGAUUUCCUUUGACAUCCUAUCAGCUACAUACAAGCUGACUUAACCCACUACAAAGUAGAUGUAUGCAAUGGAAAGAAAUGGCCCAUAAUAUCAAAGUGUGUAAUAGUUUAACUUCUGUCUCCCCAUAGACUGCUGUAUAUGUUUCUGAGUGUUCGGUGGCUACCCCUAAUCAAGUUGAGUGUAUUCCUCACGCGCACUUUUGAAAAAACACUCAACUUGAUUAGGAGGUAAGCCUCUGAACACUAACAAACAUAUUACAAUAUUUAAAUGUAAAUUAAACAACAGACAACAAGCUGAUGUUAACAUAUUUAAUUGGUUUAUAUAGAGCCUGUUGGAGUUGUCUUUGACAUUUUGAGGACAAGAUUUACACUUUAGUUGAUAUUGACAUUUAAAUUAUAAUAUCAAAGACGCACCACUUCAUGGAUUGAUCUGGAAAUAUAAACUGACUUAUUUCUUCAACUGGUUAUUUGGGCCACCACUCUCCAGACCUGAUAAUGUAACAUAAACACAAAAUGUAUAAAAUAUUUUUUGUAAAAAAUGUAAUACAUUUGUUUGUUUGUUUGUUUGUGUUGUAUUGUUUUCAUUGAAACUGACCACCUGUACUGCUGCAUUCUCAUGUUUCGUCCUGUUGCAUAAUCUGUGCAGUACUGUCACACACAAAAGAGAAUAUAUGGUUCUGUUAUAUAUAAUGUAUGUUACAAAAUUGUAAAAUGUAUGCUACAGAUGUGGUAAGAGGUUAAGAAGAGCAUAUGAAAAGAAAGUCAAUCAGAAAUGCACUUUAAAUGAUGAGUUAUCAGGGCUUGGGGCCAGACCCCAGUUCUGUCUGUUGUGCUAUUUGUAAUAAUCUUUUCUUCCCCUGUUUCCCGUACUCUCUUACAAGGGAGUGAUUCAAAACAUAAUAAAGACUGCACAGAAUCUAU